UCAAGUCAACAAGUCUAUUAGCGUAGCUUAUAGUUCACUCAAAGGCAAUCGAGGUCCUGCAGGUGCAUUGAUUAUCGCAAUAUCUGGCUUGAAUUCUCAGCUCUUUGGACCAUACGCUCGAAUACCCACUGCUUCUUUCUUGCCUGCUUCGGCUCAGUAUUGAAUUAUCUUCCCGAGUAAUCAUUGCAGAUGUCUGGAAGGGAGAAGGCAACGUAUCUGGUCUAUCAGCAAGGGCGGGACCCAGACAAGUUGAAGUUGGGCAAUCUUCUCUUCUUUCCACGAAAUCCUCAGGAGAGAGAACCCUUUUCCUGUCCAUACGAACUGGAUGACUUAUCUGAGUGGACCGGCAAGCCUCAGAUCGACGCAGAUCUCGCGAUUGAUGUUCAAAUAUCACACGAUGUAUCUGGCUCUGUAAGCCUGUCCACAGUCUUUGGAGGAGAUGUGAGCAAUUCACGCAGUUCUCAACUUCAUCUUGAGGGAAAGAACGCUCGUAGAUACCAGAUUGAUCAAGCUACAGACUUCUUGAACAGGGUCGUCCUAGCAUCUCCCGGAGCCAGAGAAUGGCUUAACUCGCGCACCGCCGUAUCCGAGAAGAUUUAUCACUUGAACAAGCUGAAACUUGGUAAAGCAAGGCAUCCACAGAUCUGGCUGGUCACGGGAAUUCAGCUACUUUCCGAAGUGAGUCUUCGCAAUGAGACGAACACGGCUUCAAAGGGUAGAGUCUCCGUGCAGAUUCCACCCCCUGAGCCUGUCUCUGGGGUAGCAAGUAUUUUACUCAAUAAUGGUGGAGUGGGUGCCAAAGGCACGAUCUCAAAUGGAGCAACGAAUGCCGUCAAGUUUAGCCACAAAGAGGAACGGGUAUGGGCGGCGCAAUUCAGACGCUUGAAGCUUGACUUCGUCAAGAAAGCGGCAAUCCAAUCAUCUCUCGUCAAGGAGAUCUCGCUUCUCGACCUUCAGGAUCUUGGCCAAGCAGGCAUGAAAGGUGACGCACAGCAGGAGUUGGACAAAGCAGCCGAGGUGGUCGACGACGAUGAGGUGGAUCUGGGUGAUAUGGAGGCUAAUAUCACCCAGGAAGAUUGGGACACCUUCGACAAGCUCCUGAAUGCUUCUAAAAAGAGAGCCUUACUCAUCGGGGGUUCCGAAAAGUCUCUGAACGGCGUCCGGCACGAUCUUACGGCCAUGUCAGAUCUCCUCAUUGCUCGUGGCUUUGACAUAACGCUGUGCUACGGCGAGAGUGCUACGAGAGACGGUAUUAUCAGGGCAUGGCGUCAUCUAAUUCAGCAGACAUCCAAAGAGGAUGCCGUCGUCGUCUAUUACUCGGGACAUGGAGGUUGCGCUCCGAAGAACUCCGGUCCAGGACUCCCAUUGCAGUACCUGCUUCCGACAGACAUCGAAGAAUCGAAACCUGGCGAUUUUCGAGGCAUACUCGAUGUGGAGGUCUCCCAUCUUGCUAGAGGUCUCACGAACAAGACCAGAAACGUCACGAUCAUACUUGACUGCUGUCACGCUGAGCUAAUGUCUCGUGGGCCGUUUCAAGUGAGGUUCUAUGCACCUGUAUCCCGCGAAACUCUUGAGAAUCAUAGGAGACAGUUGCAGGAGUCUGGUUUCUUCGAUCAGAGUAGCUUCUAUCUCGAAGGGAAUCCGCACUCGGUCCGUGUAGUUGCUUGCGGGAGUGAUCAAGGGGCCUACGAAGUCUUUAUUUCCGAUAAAGAUCAAGUUUCCAUGGGACAGAUGACCAGGGAGCUUGUGGCAGUGAUCAAAGAUGCAGGUGACAACAUUAUCUCUUGGGACGCCGUAUUGGUACACCUGCGCAAGGUGUUGAUGGACCCGAACAUCUCGGCUUUUCAACGUCCACAGGUCGAAGGGGAGAUGAUGCGUGCGUUGUUCUCAUUGGAUCGACUUGACUACUGGGGUCAGCUUGGGCUGAAGCAGCGAGGAAAUAAUGUUAUUCUGAUGGGGGGCUUGUUAGCGGGCAUUCGCGACGGUGAUGAAUAUGCCAUCAUGCCUUUGACAGCCGUAGCUGUCGAUCCAACCAAACAGAUCGCAGUUGCUACAGUCCUUCAUGUCAUGCCUACAACUUCCAAGGUUCAUGUGCAGUACUUUGGGUCUCAUUGGAAACUCCCAGAGCGGUCGAAGGGCGGGGCAAAGGCUUUUCCACUUCGGAUGAUAAGACCAGAACUUGGGAUCGAGGUCCUCGUCAAUGACACAGCUCUCUCAGAUCGACUUUCAUCCCGCCUCUCCAAGUCUCGAUUCGUGCAUCACUUCAAGACGGGUAGCUAUGAGCACGGCCCACUUGCUACAAUCCAACAAGAGAACAACAAGCUGGUCUUGAUCCAUCAUAGACCGCGGCCGGCACCAAUCUUGAAGUACGAGAUUCUGACCAAUUCCAAUCCAGGAGAUGCAGUGGAAGAUGCUAUCUAUCAAGUCGAAAAGCUCGCCAAAUCGGAUCACAUGCUACAGAUGAAUGCCAAACCAAAAUAUACUCUGGACUGCUCUUCCGUCUCAAUCACAAUGGGUUGCGUUCAGGAUUCAUCCCCCGUGCCGCUGCCAGAGGGAGACCGCUCCGUCAUUGAAGAACAGUACGUGUAUGUGAAGAUCCAAAACGAUGGGACGCGUCAAGUCUUCGCAUCCAUAUUCUUGGUAACUGGAAUCGGGACUAUCAGCUGGCUGUCUCGUGGCGAUCCAUCUGGUGUCGAUAUCCUUCCUAAGACUACAUAUACUUAUGGUGAGAACAAAUCCAACGAGGAGCUCGAAGGGACACGUCUCGUCUGGCCUAAAUCAAUACCCAGAAGCGGAGAUCUCGAUGAAAGUAUCGUCGUUGUCUUGUCGAGUAGACAUGUCGACCUAGGAUUUCUCGGUACUGCCUACCGUCACACAACGGACAUUGCGGGCCGUGAAGAAGCUGAAGACGUAUUCGAUCAACAUGCUGACCAGGAUUAUCUGAAAUAUUCCGUCUACCAUCUUGAAUUCAAGUUCAAACCCAGAAUAUAUGUAUGAGAGAGAGGGAGAGCCCGCGCGGGGGACGGAUCAUUAGCGCGGACAGUUUUUGAUAUUGUUAUCACUCAGAUUGGACAAAGUCAUGCUUCUAUACCUAUUUAUGCUCUAAUACCAUUCUAUAUCUGCAACUUCACGUAUAGGCGUAACUCUCUGAAGGGAACCAAUGCUAGCCAACCCCU